AUGGACGAUCUUGCCGGCCUUGACUGGUCAGCCCCUCCCAAAAAACAGUCGAGCGCGCCGACCGCCUUUCCCCCGUUCCGCCAGAGCCCCGCGCCCCAGCUCUCAGGCCGCUCCACGCCUCUCGCUCUUUCUGCACAGCAAUCGGGCGCCGGUGCAGCUGGUGGAGGCAGUCGACCGUUCAAGGCGCCCUCCAAGCCCGCAACGCCCGCGAACGACAGCUUCGCCAACCUCAUCGCGGGCAACAGCUCCAAGUCUGCUACGAGCACCCUGUCCCUUGCCGAACGGCAGCGCCAGUUGCAAGAAGAGAAGCAGCGUCAGGAGACGGAGCGGCAAAGGCAGUAUGAUGCGCAUUUUGGCGCGUCAGGCUCGGCCUUCUUGGACAAUCUAGGCAGUGGGAAGAGCACGCCUGAGCCCGCAGCUGCUGGCUUUCGGCACCCUACACCGAACGCUUCGGCCAGGCAGAACCUUUCCAGCACCAUCAACAAGCCAUUCGCUGGCCUCGAUACUUCUAUCAAACGACCCGUACAAUCUCCCCCAGCCGACGAUGAUCUUCUCUCCGCGUUCAACUCCAACGCUCCCGUCGAUGCGUCCAGCCACUUCCCGCCCCCAACUUUCGGCAGCGGUCGAAGCACACCAGCAAUUGGCACGUAUAGCUCACGAGGAGACACGCCAGCGCCACAGACUUUGAAGAAUAGCUUUGGAGACGAGGACGACGACGAUGACAUGUUCGGCCUAAAUCAGUUGGCCCAGAAGGCAACAAUCCAACCUCCACCGCCGUCCGCGCCUACGGGAGAUGAUGAUAUUCUAGGCCUCCUCAGCAAACCGGUCUCCGAAUUCCAGAGGAAAUCUGCACCGGAACCGGAGGCUGAACCCUCGAUUUCACGUCAAUCAACACCAGCUGCUGCUAGUCCACACGACAAAGCUGUUGCCGAACUUGUUGAUAUGGGGUUUCCUGCUGAGAAAUCUGCUAUCGCUCUGGCAACGACCGAGUCUGGCUUGGAUGUUCAAGCGGCUGUUGGCUGGCUUCUAAAUCAGGCGCAUGCGGAGGCUAAGCAGAAGACCCAAGAUCGCAGUCAAGAAAGGCCGCGGCGUAGCCCGGAUGAAAUGGACGAGCGGCCGAGACGUAGUGAAUCCAGGCAAAAGCCUCGUGAUUCGAGUGCUGGUGGUGCCACUCCCGCUUGGAUGCGAGGCGAAGAAAGCAGAAGCCGGUCUGGCCAACGCAGAAAGGAAGGGCAAGGACUUGAGAAGGAUGUUUCGCUUGCAUCCGAUAUAGGAAGCACGCUCUUCAAGUCGGCAAAUUCGCUGUGGAAGACAACCCAAAAGAAAGCGCAAAGGGCAGUUGCAGACUUUCAACAAGACGGCGACCCUAACAUGCCUAAAUGGAUGAGAGACGCCCAGGCUGCAGCUGCGAAUCCAUCGCGGGGUAAGGCACCUGCUGCUGAUGUCACGGAUGAAGCUAUGAUGUUGGAAGCUGGCGGGCGGCCGACCAAGCCGUCACGACCAUCUGCUGCACGUCAAGCUCCAGAGCAGCUUCCUGUGCGACCGAGACGAGAGCAGCACGACUUGCGACAAGACUCUCGCAACGGAGGCCCAGACCGCAUGGCUUCCCAGUCUCCAGCAAUGCGUCAACAGGUUGUAGACAAACGGCCUGCUCACAAACUAACUCGCCAGGACGUUGAGGAGCAGAGCCCGCAGGCGUACGUGAGUCCGUCGCGACGAAAGAAAACCACUCCCCAGCCCGAUCUUUUCUCUUCUGAAGAACCAGCUCCCUCGCCGCCCACUUCAACAUUCCGACAAUCUGCACCCGCACAGUCGAAUAACCCUUUCCUGAAAGCAACGUCGUCUGCACCAAAUCCUAGAAGCCCUGCGGUCACCCCUCCGCCCCCGAAACCGCACGCACCACCUCGUCGGAUUCCGCCUGCCUCCUCUUCAGCGCUCACUCAAUCAGCAUCUUAUCGACAGAAAGGUUCCGAAGCUUUCAAGCGGGGUGAUUACGCGGCUGCACACGCUGCAUACUCUUCCGCCAUUGGUCCUCUUCCUGCAACUCAUCCGGUAAUGAUCAUUGUACUGUGUAACCGUGCCGUUACCAAUAUCAAAGUGGGCGAUCCCAAAGCCGCAAUCUCUGAUGCAGACUCUGCGCUCGAAAUUAUCGGGGUCUCGAGGGGUGAGGGUGAGAAAAUCAUUGUGGGUGGGACCGAACUUGACAAAGAUAUGAAAGAGUUUUAUGGAAAGGCUCUUAUGCGAAAAGCCGAAGCGCUCGAGCACAUGGAGAAGUGGGCUGACGCUGGCAAAGUCUGGAAAGAAGCAGUUGAGGCAGGCGUCGGGGGGGCCAUAAGCAUCCAGGGGCGCAAUCGCUGCGAGAAGGCUGCAGGCGGUGGGAACCAAUCUACGCUGCCCAAACGAGCGCCUGUCCGGAGGCCGCCACCCAAACCUUCAGCAAUGUCAGACCUUGGCCCAGCCCAGGAGUCUGAAGCUGUCAAGAAGCUGAAGGCUGCAAAUGCUGCGGCCGAGAAAGCGGAUGACGAGAAGUUUGCGCUCGCGGAUUCAGUUGAUGCCAAGCUCGUCGCCUGGAAGGGCACCAAAGCAGACAAUUUGCGUGCGCUGCUGGGAUCGCUCGACAAAGUGCUAUGGCCGGAAGCAGGGUGGAAAAAGGUCAAUAUGGGCGACCUCGUAAUGCCGAACAAGGUCAAGAUUAUCUAUAUGAAGGCCAUAGCAAAAGUCCACCCUGACAAGAUAUCUCAGUCCGCUACUACAGAGCAGAGGAUGAUCAGUGCUGCUGUGUUCGCAACGCUGAACGAAGCCUGGGACAAGUUCAAGGCGGAAAACGGGCUGUAG